AGUAAAGCUAUUAAUGGAAUGGUCACUACAAGAGAGAGGCGAUCCUAAAUAGAAAUGAAAAUUCUGAAGCUUACAUGUGUUAGUCCUUAACAGUGAAAACUUCAGUGCUGUCCUAGAGGAUAUAACAAAAGGUUUCUGAAUUUCAUUUGUAAUUUUAAGCAGUUGAUAAUCUUUUCACAGCUGGAAAAAUAUUAAUACACUCUGACUUUAAACCUGUCCGCGUUUCACAUGGAUAAUUACACCAGCGACGAAGACAUAGACGAAGACUUUGACACCCAGUUCAUCAUUCAACAGAGUUUACAGGAUAUUUACAAGCCAGGAACAACACAACAUGCACCUGACGAUGAGAGCUUCCAUCCCUUUUUGAGCACUAAGUAUAAGAAGAUAGUUGAAGCAAUAGAGAAAGUAGGUAAAGAAGAUGCAUUGUCACACUUAACCAAGUACCAUUCUGCUUUUGACGAAGCAGAUGAGAUAGGCUGGAUUCCUCUGCAUAAGGCUGCAGUGCAAUUAAAUAAGAAAAUUUUGGAAAUAACCCUAAGCGCUUCAAAACCCAGUCUGUGGGAGCAAACCACUCACAAUGGUGAAACGCCACUUUUUUUGGCUGUCAGCAAUUGCCUCUUGGAAAAUGCCACUUUUCUUCUUCUCAACGGCUGCAAUCCAAAUGCUAAGAAUUUUGAAGGCAACUCUCCUCUUCUCACAGCUGUGCUGCGUGACUCCUACGACACAGCUGCCUUGCUGAUCAACUAUGGAGCAGAUGUCAAUCUGCGUUGUGCCAACGAGAGGACAGCUCUUCACGAAGCAGCCAAACUGGGCAGAGAGGACAUGGUGAAGCUUCUGCUGGUUUCUGGGGCACACCCUGACCCACGGAGCACGUAUGGAUUCACUCCUCUUGCUCUUGCUGCCCAAAGUGGACACACUGAAAUCAUGGAAAUGUUACUGCGGAAAGGCAAGAUCUUCUGUUAGGCUAACGCUCAUGGUCAGGCCUCUGAUUGUUCUUCCAUCUUACUUGAAGCUGCAAGUGGAGGAAAUCCUGAUGCUGUGGCGCUCUUGCUGGAGUAUGGAACUGAUGCCAACAUCCCUAAGAAUUCAGGUCACCUGCCCAUCCAUGUGGCAGCUGACAGGGGCCACUUACUAGCUCUAAAGAUACUGAUUCCAGUUACGGAUCUUGCUGCCAUUAAGCAAAGUGGCAUCAGUCCAGUUCACUGCGCAGCAGCAGGAGCACACCCUCAGUGCCUGGAGCUCCUCAUCCAGGCUGGAUUUGAUGUGAACUUCAUGUUGGAUCAGAGAAUUCGCAAACACUAUGAUGACCACAGGAAAUCAGCUUUGUAUUUUGCUGUAUCAAACAGUGACCUCUCUUCAGUCAAGCUGCUUCUGGGUGCUGGAGCUCUGCCUAAUCAAGACCCGGUUAACUGCCUCCAGAUAGCCCUCAGGAUGGGCAACUACGAGCUGAUCAGUCUGCUGCUAAGGCAUGGGGCCAAUGUGAAUUACUUCUGCAGAGUUAACCCUUUACAUUUCCCAUCGGCACUGCAAUACACACUGAAAGAUGAAGUCAUGCUCAGGAUGCUGCUGAACUAUGGGUAUGACACAGAGCGAUGUUUUGAUUGCCCUCAUGGGGACAAAGUCCAUCCUUCCUAUACUUCUGAAGGCUGGACAUCUACAGUUAUCAAAGAUACUAAGUUCUGUGAAGUAAUAACUUUGUCAUGGCUGCAACAUCUCUCUGGAAAGGUUGUUCGAGUGAUGCUUGAUUAUGUUGAUCAAGUUCGGAUCUGUUCAAAGUUGAAAGCUGUGCUCCAAAAACAGGGGAUCUGGUCAGAAAUACAUUUUAUCUUAACAAACCCUCGCUCCCUAAAACACUUGUGUCGCCUAAAGAUCCGGAAGUGCAUGGGACGUUUACAUUUGCGCUGCCCUGUCUUCAUGUCAUUUCUUCCAUUACCUAAUCGUCUAAAAGCUUAUGUCCUUUAUGAAGAAUACGACCUUUAUGGACAAGGAAUUUUUACAGGAACCUGGUAAUCAAACGAUUCUAAUGGAAAAGGUAUAAUUCUGCAGCUGUAUUCCUUAAAAUUUGACUUAGGUAUGAUUCAUAUUUUUUGCUUCAUAUUUACGUAUGAUUCAUAUUUUUUACCUGCCAACUAAAAUCUCAAUGCAGUCUAAGUCCUUUAAAAAGUACCUCUGCUUAGGAGGCUGAGGCAGGAGGAUUGCUUGAGCAGCAAUGGGAGGUCAAGGUGGCAGUGAGCUGUGAUCACACCUCUGCAUUCCAGCCUGGGUGACCAGAGCAAGACAUCUCUAAAAGAAAAUUUGCUUAAAAAGUAGCUUUGAACAUAGCCUCUCAACAUAUAAAUGACUAGCACUCUCAAGGCAGUUAAAAAAAAUAAAACCCAAAUAGUAAAAAUUUCGAUUAACUGAAAUAUACUAGUUCUAAUUCCGUAUUGAUCUUACAUUAAGUGCACAAAUCCAAUGUCUAUGUGCUCAAAAUAAUAGAUGGCACUUCUGACAAGUCAAGAUAACUAUUACAGUGUCUUUUUUAUAGAGAAGUAUAUAUGUAAUAGUCUUCCUUAUCUUCUGAGGAUAUGUUCCAAGACCCUCAGUGGAUGCCUGAAAAGGGGGAUAGUACAGAUCCCUAUACAUACUAUGUUUUUCCUAUAUAUAUUGUGUUUCUUCCUAUACAGCUACUGUGGUUGAACAAUGUUUCAGUCAUCAGUGGACCACAUAUGUGAUGGUGGUCCCAUAAGAUUAUAAUGCUGUAUUUUUACUGUACCUUUUCUAUGUUUACGUACAUACUUACCAUAUGUUAUAACUGCCUAUUCAGUACAGUAACAUGCUGUACAGAUUUGUAGCCCAGGAGCAAUACGCUGUAUACCACAUGGUCUAGAUGUGUAGUAUACCAUCCCAUCUAGAUUUGUGUAGGUGGCUUUAUGAUGUUAGCACAAUGACAAAUCACCUAACAACACAUCUCUCAGUAGGUAUCCCCAUCUUUAAGCCAGUUGUUAAGCGACAUACAACUGUACACACAUGCCCUACAGUGCAAAUACACUGGACAGAUGGAUGAUUCAGGUCCCAGGCGGGACAAGGUGGGAUGGUGAGAGACUUCAUCAUGUUACUCAGAAUGGUGUACAAUUUAAAACUCAUAAAUUAUUUAUCUCUGAAAUUUUCUUUUUAAUACUUUUUUUUUUUUUUGAGAUGGAGUCUUGCUCUGUCACCCAGGCUUGAGUGCCGUGGCACAA